CACACAAGAGCGGAGCGCGGAAUCUUCGAGGACAAUCGUUUGCUUUGUUUUGGCACGGACUCGGGGUUUUUUUUUCGACAUAAGAAAGUGUUCUCCUAACAGAAGRUAGAAAUCAUGGAAAACUUUGAACACGACGCAAAUGAUCAUCUGUUCGAGAAAGAAUUGAUUCGAAUGUGCAUUGAGCAGUUGUUGGACGAAGAUGAUGAGCGAGAGACGUCAACCGACGAAGUUUAUAGUCAAAAAGCUAAAAACCACCAUUUUAACAGCCCUAACUAUCAGGUUAUCGGCCAGAAACCUCCUAGAGAUAGCCACCACGGCAAAACCAACAGCUACGCCACUGUCUUAAGCGGGAAUUUCAAGAGCAAUUUGGGCACCAGUAAGCUGAAUCCUAAUGCCAAAGUUUUCAUCCCUCAAAGUUAUGCAGUGAGGACUUCUUCAUAGUUGAGCAAGUUCCUGAUCAUACAUUUGUAAUCAACUGUUAUUUAUUGUUCUAUGUAAAUUAUAUAAUUCAUGUCAAAAAAACAAAACAAAGUUUGUAAAAUUGCUAAGCAUGGAGGCAAUGGAGAUGGUCUUAUUGCAAAGAUUAAAAUAUAAUUCUUAUUGA